AUGCGGGGCGGCGGCGGCUUCCUUCUUGCCUCGGCGCUGCUGGUGCUGCUGUGCCUGCCGUAUGCCGUGCCCGCCGUCGCCGCACAGGCCGUUUCCAAGUCGCAGCACAUCCUCGUGUUUGGGGGCUCCGCGUGGGGCUCCGUGCUGGAGAAAAAGGGGGCGGAGGUCCAGCGGGCCAUCGUCGAAGACGUUGGGCCCCAGCUGCUGCGCAAGUACGCCUUCGUGACCAUCAUCAACGUGAGCUCCCUGCAAGCCGACAAACACCUCGAGGCUCGCCUCACCGUGCUGCAGGCCCCGCGGAGCAAUAGUUCCGGCUCCCACCUCCUGCACAUUUGGCCGCCGGAUGAAGUCAAUUCUAUGAUCAAUCAGUGUGCCUUCAAAAAAACGCUGGCGAUCCACACACCGUCGGAGGAGGCACACCUCAUCAGCGUGCGAACUCCCGAACUCGGCGAGAGGGUGAGUGCGUACGACGUCUUGUGCACGCGCUUAAUCGUACUGGGAACAUGCACCAUAGCUGCGAUGACGUUUUGCCUGUUGAUUUUGCUUUUCUGGAUGUGCUGCCACUGCUGUUGCGGGGGCUCUGAACAUGAGUACGAGUUGUACCACAUGAAUCAGAAUAGGUCCAAGGUGAAGUAG